GCUGGGGGCAGACAGGAGGUGGGAGAGGAAUAUUUCAGGCCUUACAUUUCACAUUUCUGGAAAUAGGCGGCAUUAUUGGAAAUAUAACGUGGAUUACUGAUUGAAGAAACCCCAGCGGCCCGGGCCCACGUCCGCGGUCUUGAGUUCAGUGAUUGGGAGGGCAAGAAGCACGUCGAUCGGGCUUCCAGCGAGGAACCAAGCCGCUGUGCUAUCGGAGUUCGUCAUGGGCGACAGUAGAGAUUCCCGCAGCCCUGACAGCUCGUCUGUGUCGUCCCCGCCCCCUGGCCAGCGCUCACCACCAUUGGCUCCCUCAGCCGCCGCCAUGACGUCGCUGCCACCAAUCACGUCGGCAGUGAACAGCCCCAUCAGCAGCAUGGGCUCCCCUUUCUCCGUCAUCAGCUCCUCCAUGGGCUCGCCCUGCCUGCCCGGAACACCCUCUAUUGGAUACGGACCCAUAAGCAGCCCGCAGAUGAGUAUCUAUUCAAGAAGUUCAGAGAUUAACUCCACAGUGUCCAUGUCGGGUCUGCACGCGGUGAGCAGCUCGGACGAUGUGAAGCCCCCGUACGGCCUGAAGCCGCUGGGAGGAGGCAGCCCCGGGGGGCCCAUGAUGUCCCAGAAACGCCUCUGUGCCAUCUGCGGAGACCGCUCCUCUGGUAAGCACUAUGGUGUGUACAGCUGUGAGGGCUGCAAGGGCUUCUUCAAGCGCACGGUGCGUAAGGACCUGAGCUACACCUGCCGCGACAACAAGGACUGCAUGGUGGACAAGCGCCAGCGCAACCGCUGCCAGUACUGCCGCUACCAGAAGUGCCUGGCCAUGGGCAUGAAGAGAGAAGUGGUCCAAGAUGAACGACAGCGAUCAGUGCAAGAGGAGCGCCAGCGGAAUAAGGAGCGGGACGGGGACGUGGAGUCCACCACCGCGGCCAACGAGGAGAUGCCCGUGGAGAAGAUUCUAGAAGCAGAGAUGGCCGUCGAGCAGAAGACGGAACUGCACGCCGACGGAACAUCAGGAGGCAGCUCUCCCAACGACCCAGUCACCAACAUCUGCCAGGCGGCCGACAAGCAGCUGUUCACGCUGGUGGAGUGGGCCAAGAGGAUCCCACACUUCUCAGAACUGGCCUUGGACGACCAGGUCAUACUGCUGAGAGCAGGUUGGAAUGAGCUCCUUAUCGCCUCCUUCUCUCAUCGCUCCAUCAGUGUGAAGGAUGGCAUCCUGCUGGCCACCGGCCUCCACGUGCAUCGCAACAGCGCACACAGCGCCGGCGUUGGGGCCAUCUUCGACAGGGAGAAUGCGCACAAUGCAGAGGUUCGGGCCAUAUUCGACAGGGUGCUGACAGAGCUGGUGAGUAAGAUGCGCGACAUGCAGAUGGACAAGACUGAGCUGGGCUGUCUGCGCGCCAUCAUCCUCUUCAACCCAGAUGCAAAGGGCUUGUCCAAUCCCAGUGAAGUAGAGCUGUUGAGAGAGAAGGUGUACGCAUCCCUGGAGGCCUACUGCAAACAGAGAUACCCUGAGCAGCAGGGCAGGUUUGCCAAGCUCCUCCUCCGCCUGCCAGCGCUGCGCUCCAUUGGCCUGAAGUGUCUGGAGCACCUGUUCUUCUUCAAGCUGAUUGGUGACACCCCCAUUGACACCUUCCUGAUGGAGAUGCUGGAGGCCCCUCAUCAGCUCACCUAAAAGAAAACACACACACACACACACACACACACACACACACACACACGCGCGCGCAUACACACACACGCACACACACACACCUGGACGGACGGAUGACGGGUGGGACUUAAGCCGUAUCAGGCUCCACCCACACACACACCCACCCACCUUCUCUCCUCCUCUUCCUCCUCCUCCUCCUCUUCCUCCUCUUCCUACAUGACACCAGAGCUCACCUGGCUUCCACUCAGCCCAGCGUGGCGUGGACCUUGACUAGGCCCCUGCUGCAAAACAUAAAUGAGUUUCACACUCACCCCCCACCACCACCACCCUCCACACUUCUCUCCUCUCCUCUCUUCUUCUCUCAUCUCUUCUCCUCCCCUCUCCUCUCAUCUCUUCUCCUCUCCUCUCCUCUCCUCUCCUCUCCUCUCCUCUCCUCUCCUCUCCUCUCCUCUCCUCUAUUCUCCUCUCCUCUCCUCUCCUCUAUUCUCCUCUAUUCUCCUCUCCUGAAUCUCUUCCUCUGCAUCUUUUCUCGUCCCUCUUCCCCCUUUGCCCUCCUCCUCUCCUGUUUGUCCUCUAUAAUCCACAAGUUGGUAUUGCACCCACAGACAAAGACCCAACACUGUCUGAAAAAAAGAGGCAAUAGGCGGUGACAAAAAAAAAUUAGGAACACUUUGGUUCUUUUUUCCUCCUGAACUAUGAAAUAGUUUGUGAAGUUUAAUGCACACAGAAAAAAAAUCUCUUUUCUUUUUCUAUUAUUUGUCAAGAAUGUAUGUAGUUCCAAGUACACCUGUAACUUUGCUUCA